GAGCCAAGAGGCGAAGAAUGGCAAGCGAGCAGCUGCCUUGGGCCGACAGUUUGCAGAUAAACGGCGAGAAUAUUGGCUGGAUGCGCUUCCCAUUUGAUAUCUUCAGGUGCCGGAGCGGGCGAGGGGAGUCUGGGGUUUAGAAAGGCUGCUGCAAUAAUGCGCAGGUGUCACAAGCACCAUCGGAGGCAGCUGAUCGAAGCCAGCGCGCCUCCCAGUCUACCAGCAGCACCAGAAGCAAUGGCUGCUUCCAGCGCAGUACCACUUUGCCGAUCAAGCCCGUACGACCCAACGAGUGGUCUUCAUAGAAGAACCGCGAACCGCGAACAAUCGGCGCCAACUUUAGUUUUUUUGGGUGCCUUCUAACAGCGCUGAUUUUCUCAAUCGUGAAUGCAUAU